UUCAGCGGUCGCUGUCAUGGCGAAGAUUUGCUUAUACGACUCGACAACUUGCCGUUUGUGUGCGGAAAACAACGACAACGGCGAAAUGUUAUUUACCGAUGACUCCGAGGAAACAGAGUUAAGCGCGAUGAUCAACCGUUAUUUACCGCUUAAGGUUCACGAUGAUGGUAACUUGCCCCGUACCAUAUGCCCUGGGUGUAAUAUUCAAUUGGAAGCGACUGUACAAUUUUUUGAGCUACUUAUUAAUGGUCAACGUAAAAUUCAAGAAAUGUGGAAACAACAAAUUGAAUUCCAACGUAGGAUCGAAAGAGGUCGUCUUAAAAAAAAGAACAUUAACAUAACAUUGAAUAAUUCUAAAUUGUUAAAUGCAGAAAACGAUAACUUAGUCCCAGAAUCAAACCAUCAACAAAUUAUUAUAAAUGUAAUGCCUGAUGGUUCUGUUUAUGCUGCUGAACAUGAUUUAAGUUUACAAAUGCAAGGACUAGAUAAGCCAAAAAGAAAAAGAGGCCGACCACCAAAAACUUCAUCUGAAGAAGAAUUAAAAGACAAUGACAAGGAUGAAUGUAUGGAAGAAAUAAGUCAAGAAGAAGAAGAGAAGCAAGAAGAAGAUGAAUUUGAUAAAGAUGGAAGACAGAGGAGAAAACGUAAAGUUCCUAAGAGGUACAUGGAAACAGUUCAAGGAAAAGAAUUAGAAAAAAUGUUUAAAGAAGAAGGAGUUUUUGAUGAAGAUGAUAUGCAAAUAAAAUAUGAAACAGAUGAAAAUUUGAAUAUUUCAAGCAUAGAUAGUAGCAACAGUGACACAGAAAUAAUUGGCCAUUUGGAGACUAUAGAAGGAAAAAAUUUGGGUGAGUUAGUUGUAGUUAAUAGAAAUAAGGUUCGUACAAAAUCAAAAUUACAGAAAUCAAAAGUAAAAAGAAAACACAAAUUUACAUGUUCCUAUUGUGGUAAAGGGUUCUUACAACGGAGUAAAUAUAUUAUUCAUAAGAGUUUUCAUAAAACAAUAAAAUACGAAUGUACUGAAUGUCAUAAUCAAUUUUCAAAUAAAGAGAAUUUAGCUUUUCAUCAAAAGACAUUAAGUCAUACCGGAGAAAAAAUAACUGAAAUAAAUGAUGUAGAAAAAAAUAUCAAAACCGAUCCUCAUAAAGCUAUUAAUUUAGAGUUGGUAAACAUGAUUGAACCAUCCACAAGUUUAACAACUUCUUUAACAAGUUUACAUAGUAUAAAUCCUGAUAUUAAAUCUUUGAAUACUCUAGAAAAUAACGAAUUAAAAGUUAUUGGAGUGGAAAAUCAAGUAGCUGCAUGUAGGGAAGAAGAAUUAUCCCAAGAUUCUGAAUCCAAAGACACAGACAAUAUAUUCAAAUGUGACAAAUGCAAUAAACAUUUCCAAUCAAAAAAUAAUUUAGAAACUCAUGUAAAAGUGGUACAUCAAGGAGAAAAGCCUUUUAUAUGUGAAAUAUGUAACAAAGCAUUUGCAUAUCAAUCAAGUUUGAAAGGACACAAGGAAAUAGUUCAUCAAAAUAAUAAAUCAGAUAAAGGCUUUCCUUGUGACAUUUGUGGAAAAGUUCUCAAUCAUCCAAGUUCGAUAAUGUAUCACAAGUUAAGCGAACACAACAAUGGACGUCGUUUUGUAUGCAAUAAAUGUGGCAAAAGUUUUAAACAUAAGCAAUUAUUACAACGGCAUCAACUUGUUCACUCAGAACAUAGACCAUAUCCUUGCAAAUCUUGCAAUGCUUCCUUCAAAACAAAAGCAAAUUUAUUAAAUCAUCAAUCAACUCAUACUGGAGAAAAGAAACAUUUCUGCGAACUUUGUGAUCAUAAAUUUGCUCAUAAAACAAGCCUUACUUUACAUUAUAGAACUCAUACAGGUCAAAAGCCGUACAAAUGCGAAGUAUGUUCAAAAAGUUUUUCUCAAAACGGUAAUCUACAAGAACAUAUGCGCAUCCAUACAGGCGAAAAACCAUAUUGCUGUGAUCAUUGUGGUCGUAAAUUUACGACAUCAUCACAAUUCAAGUUGCAUGUAAAACGGCACACAGGAGAGAGACCGUGGAAAUGUGAAUUUUGUGCAAAAUCAUUUUUGCACAAGGAUACAUGGAAAUGUCAUGUGCGUAGACAUACAGGAGAGCGUCCAUUUCAAUGCGCAUACUGUAAUCGAGAUUUUACAGAACAAUGGGCAUUAAAGAAACAUUUGCGACUACAUACAGGAGAAAAGCCAUAUAAUUGUGAAGUUUGUGGAAAAGCGUUCGCUGAUUGUUCAAAUUUAACUAAACAUAAAAAAGUUCAUAAGAAUACAGGAUUAGAUUCUAAUGGAUUAUCAGAGGGGCCUACGAUUGGAGAAGUUUGGCAAAUUUUACCAAGUUCUCAGGAAGAAAAUGGUAAUACACUCAAUAACUUGACUCAAGUUAUGACAGGAGAUGAAAUUUCAGAAGAUGAUAUGUCACAAAUUAUUUAUGUGGCUUAUCAAGAUCCUAAUCAUUCAGUCGAAUCCCGAACAUUGCAACUUAAUAAAGGCAAUAUAUUAACUGAUCAAGAAUCAAAUUUAAAUUCAACAGUAAAUAAUGAUGAUUCUAAUAAUAUGGAACUUCCAGCUGAAUCGGAUUUACAACUUCAAAUAACAGAUGAGGAUGGUAAUGCCAUUCCAUUAUCACUACAAGAUGCACGUCAAUUAUUUUCGGAAGGACAAUUUGUUAGUCAAUUAAAUGGAGGUCAAACGAUAAGAGUUCAAAGUUUACCAUCAUCACUAGGAAUAACUUCAGAUGUUGAAAUUACACCACUUUCUACAAAAGAAACUACCGAAUCAAAACUCUCUUUAACAUCAACAAUUCAAACAGAUGCUGAAGCUAUAGUAAAAGUUUUAGAGGAUGAAGAUACCGAUGCUACAGCUGUUGCAGCAAUUAAUCAAAUGAAUGCAGAAGAUCGUUUGGAAUUAGCUGAUGGACAACAAGCUAUAGAAUUUGUUACUCAAGAUGGACAGAAAGUGCGACUAGUAACUUCUCUGAAUAUAGAUCCAUUACAAUUAGCCUCGGAGUACCUGACUAUAGUUUAAAUAAAUUUGUAGCAAAUAUAUGCUAUAAAUAUUAUUUAACAAGUUGUGAUAAUUUAAAAAUUUUUUAUUUAAUGUUUCUAAAAAAAUGUUCACUAUACUAUAAAAGUGUGUUAGUAUGUAAUGGUCAUAUGAGAUGAAAAAAUUAGUGUAAUACAUGUCAUUCUUAUAAAUUUAUA